UUGGAUGCAACUACUAAAAGGAUUCUCAAGGAACACUUAGAGAUGAUUGAACAGAGAAAGAAACUCUGCAGGCUCUGUCAAAAGAACACUGUUGUUGAUCAUAUUGAAUUUGAAGACUCCCAUCAUUCCAACGAUCGUUUAUCGAAAGAAGCUUCCGAAACAAUCGGGAGAAUCGAAUCUUGCAUUUCGACAUUACGCCGUAUACGAAAUUCUUGUUUGGAACUCAAGUCGUCUAAUCCAGCCGUUCGGUUUGGAGUUUCGAAUCGAAGCACGAUGGAUUUUCGAAACCCACCGGACUCAAGACACAAGGGCAAAACCGGAAAAAACGAGCACUAUAUAACCGCGACAAGAGCUUCUUCACGGAAUCAAGAAUCAGACGGUACAUCUACCGACUCGUAUUCAAACUCGACAAGCCUUCAAAGUAGCACAAUUGGUAGUGACGAUGAAGUGUACUCAUCUACAGAUCAAAAAACGGGAGAUUACGUGAGUUCAUCAACAAGUACAUGGAGCCAAAACGAAACUUCCUCUCAAUCUUACGAACCGAUUUCGAGAGCCAGCAGUAUUAUUAGCAAAGGCUACUCAUCCAACUCCGAUUCGAACUACUCGUCAGCAUCGAACAACAACAGAGCUAAUAAAGGAAAAACCCGUAAAAAACGAGUCGGGAUAUGGAAGAGAGUGAAAGAUAAAGUGGCAAUCAUUUUUCACCACCAUCAUCAUCACCAUCACCAUCACCAUCAUCACCACAAAGGUAAAGUCGAUAAAUUCGAGAGGCAAGAUGAUGAGGUGGCGUAUGGAGAAAAUGCGGUUGAGAAGGUGAAGAGGUCGAUUGUACGCCAAAAGGUUCAACCGAGACAUUUUCAGGGGCUCAUCAAAGGUCUCUUUAGGCAUUCGAAACAGUCGAAAGCAGGAAAGUUGGGUAAAGUUCAGCAUCAUGAUAGGCAAAAGAAUUUCAAGUCUAACUGGUGGAAAAUGGUGAAGCAGCGUACCAAGUUGCCGAAUAAAACUCGUGUGAAGGUUGGCUUGGGUAAAAAGAAAGCCCGUUUGAAAGCACUUCCCUCUAUUUACCGAUAG